AUGCUCCCUCGCUCAUUCCUCGCCGUCUGCGCCCUUGCGGCUGGGGCUGCUGCCAGCGCGUUGCCUCGUGCCGAUGGUGCCUGUACCAACAUGGCCGUUCGCAAAGAGUGGCGAGAGCUCACCAACGCCGAAAAGGCUGAGUACCUCCGUGCCGCUGUGUGCCUACGUGGACUGCCCAAGCAGAAGUACGCUGCCAUCGACGCCGUCACGACACGCCUGGACGACUUGGUUUACACCCACUUUGCCCUCAACACGGAGAUUCACUUCGUAGCCAACUUCCUUCCGUGGCAUCGCUGGUACGUGCAGCUGCACGAGAAUCUGUUGCGCACCGAAUGUGGUUUCACCGGAACUCAGCCCUAUUGGGACUGGAGCAUCGACGCGGAUGCCAAGGACAUGCCCAACUCUCCCCUUUUCGAUCCAGCAACUGGCUUUGGAGGUGACGGCAAGCGUACUGGCAGCACUGAGCCAGGCUUCGAGCGCUGCGUCGUUGAUGGUCCCUUUGCUAACACGAACUUGACGUUGGCCAUGGGAUGGCCUAACAUGAACGACGCCGGCAAUCGUCUGCACUGCUUCACGCGCGAGUUCAAUGGUGGCCUGGGACAGGAUGAGAACGGAGACUCCAUCAUUGGUGACAUGCAGGUGGGAGCGUACAGCUCUUCGGUCAUGAAGACCAUCUAUGGUUUCGACACUUUCCGCGACAUGUCCAGCAUGCUUGAGGGAUUGCCGCACGCGCAAAUUCACAGCGUUAUUUUUGGCGACAUGGGACCGGCCACUUCGCCCAACGAGCCGCUCUUUUUCCUGCACCACGCCAAUGUCGACCGUGCUUGGGCCAAGUGGCAGGGCCGUAACGCUACCCGUCUGGCUGACUACACUGGCUUCAACGACGCAGCCAAGACCAUUACAGCCUCGAUCAAUGAUGCUAUGCCCAUCAUGCAGCUUGGGGAUGUUGAACCCAUUGUCAAAGACUACAUGGAUAUCCAAGCUAUGUGCUAUAGCUACUCAUCUUGA